AUGCAAACCUGCUCAGCCCUGACGCUGCUGCUCCUGGCUGCCUGCAGCCUGCCUGCUCUCUGCUCGCCCCCUGAGCCCAGCUGCCUCCACUUCCCAGAGCUCCUGCCUGCAAAGCUCAGAGAGCUGAGGGUCAAGUUUGAGGAAAUUAAGGACUAUUUUCAAUCAAAAGAUGAUGAACUUAGCAUCCAGUUGCUGGGCUCUGAACUGCUGGAUGAAUUUAAGGGCACCUUUGGCUGCCAGUCGGUGUCGGAGAUGAUGCGGUUCUACACAGAGGAGGUCCUGCCCAGCGCCAUGAGGACCAGCACACAUCACCAGCAGAGCAUGGGCGACCUGGGCAACCUGCUGCUGAGCCUGAAAGCGAUGAUGAAGCGCUGUCACAGAUUCUUCAUGUGUGAGAAGAGGAGCAAAACCAUAAAGCACAUCAAGGAGACGUUUGAUAAGAUGAACGAGAAUGGGAUCUACAAGGCCAUGGGAGAGUUUGACAUUUUCAUCAACUACAUUGAAGAGUACCUGCUGAUGAAGAAAAGGAAGUGAAUCUGUCCAAGGGACUGCACCUUUCAGACACAAACCUGCUAUUUUUCCCAGAUGUCCCGUUGAGCUGAGAGAAGAAAGGAAAUAUUAAGUUAUUCUAGAUACAGGUCAUGAA